GUUUCAUUUUCCUGACGUUGUCAUCCGCGCUGUUUUUGGCAGGGUGUCUGUACGGCUGGCGGUUCGAGACCCCCGUGGUGUACUGGACGUCGCUCCCUGGGACAAUCCUUGGCCUUAAAUCACUCUCCCACUCCGUGAUUAUCAGUCCCCUGCUCGGAUCUGUCAACGUGACCCCAUCGUCAUCGUUGUCGGAGCCGCCAGCUGGGAGUGAUGAUGUAAGUGUCAGCGAGGAUGUUUCUAGAGCGGAGCAUACAGAUUCCUCCAAACAUUCAGCAUUCCAGGACGUGGCCAAUAGUCCCGCAAACUCCGCACAUGAUCCCCAACUUGAUAAAUUUAUUGGAGAUAUGCCAAUACGCCAAGGAGCUGAGACCGCGAGGAACACACAGAUCUCACCGGAACCUCAUUCCGAACUUCUCCAACCACUCUCAUCGGCGAAGGACGUCGAUAUUUCACCAAUAGAUUUUUCCCCACCUGAUUCCAAUCAUACCCGGCAACUCGGUUCUAGAGGCAGUGCUGACAUAUCUCCAACUGGCCCUUCUACAAGCCCCAGCGGCUAUUUACCUGGCCAAAAUUCCACGGCCUUCAGCAGCACAUUCGGGGCGCUUCGUGUCAGGGACCCUGUUGAAACCGACAGAAACAAAAAGGAAGUGGCAGUGACAAAUGCCAAUCUCUCGAAUUUUCAAACAGAGGUUCCCCACAAAACUACACAAAACUCUACAACACCACAUGUGCCGACAGCAAUAGACGCCAACAACACCACCGCCACUGAUCAAAACGAACCAUUUCUGAUCACCAUUAACCACGACAACGGUCGCCUGGGCAACAAACUGUUUAAGUACGCCUCGUUGCUCGGCAUUGCCCACGCCUCGGGGCGCCGCGCGUUUGUUGCCCCUUAUUCUCCAAAGCAGGAUUUAGCCAAACUCUUUCAGCUGUCACGUGUGGAAAAUCAUAACGACCAGUCAAAGUAA